UUUACAUUGGCAUACCAACUAGACCCAGAUCCAAAGUUGCAGACUUUUCAACCAUUUUCAAAGUCAUUUUACCCACACACACAACACUACUAAAAAGGAUUAGUAUUUAGAAGACUAAUUAAUGUUUUCUUAAAAUACUAUUUCUUUAUUGUGCGUUAGAGAGCUGAGAGAGGAAGCAAGCAGAGGAGAGGAUAGACAAAAGAGAAAAGGGAAAUUUACCAGACAAGAGUUCUUUCUUCUCUGCCCCUUGCCUCUCUCUCUCUCUCUCUCUUUCUUAGUUUCUUUUGAGAAGAUUUAGAAGAAGGGGUAAAGCUACAAAAAACUUCAGACUCGAGGUACGAGUUUUUUUCUUGGGCUACAGAGCAAUCAUGCUAACUUACGCCUUUUCCCAAAAUCUUAUCCAUCUGUCUCGAUAAGGAAAGUAAUGUUGGAAAAAUGGUGAAGAAAGGAAGUUGGUUUUCUGCAAUCAAAAGGGUUUUUACUCCACAUUCCAAAGAGAAGCUUGGCAAUGAAACAGAGAUAAAGAGUGGAAAAGAAAAAAGGAAGAAAGGUUUUGGGAAGCGAGAGCCUAGUAGUAUUGAAAAGAUCUUGGGAGAGGCUGCGAGAGAUCAUAAUCUUGUUUUCAGGCCUCCUACUCCUGAGAGACCAAAUCCAUUCUCAGUCUCUCCUCCUCUGAGGCCUGCUUCUCCUCGGGCUCCGUCUCCAAGAGUUGCCUCACCACGAGCCGCUUCGCCAAAGCCUCCUUCUCCUAGAGCUGAAGUUCCAAGAUCCCUUUCGCCAAAGCUACCUUCUCCUAGAGCUGAAGUUCCAAGAUCUCUUUCGCCAAAGCCCCAUGAUCGGUCAAAGCCAUCAUCAGCCUCUGCCAAUGCUCCUCCUUCUCUGAGGCCUGCUUCUACUCGAGUACCUUCUCAGAGAAUUACCACUUCCAGUGUUCCUUCUCCAAGACCAAGUUCACCAAGAGGUGCCUCCCCACAAGCCGUCUCUUCAAAGUCACCUUCUCCAAGAGUAGAGCCACCAACAUUGGACACUCCAAGACCUCCUUCGCCAAAGCCUCCUUCCCCAAGAGCAGACCCACCAAGAUUAGAUGCUCCAAGACCCACUACGCCUAAGCCACCUUCUCCAAGAGUAGAGCCACCAACAUUGGACACUCCAAGACCUCCUUCGCCAAAGCCUCCUUCCCCAAGAGCAGACCCACCAAGAUUAGAUGCUCCAAGACCCACUACGCCUAAGCCACCUUCUCCAAGAGUAGAGCCACCAACAUUGGACACUCCAAGACCUCCUUCGCCAAAGCCUCCUUCCCCAAGAGCAGACCCACCAAGAUUAGAUGCUCCAAGACCCACUACGCCUAAGCCACCUUCUCCAAGAGUAGAGCCACCAACAUUGGACACUCCAAGACCUCCUUCGCCAAAGCCUCCUUCCCCAAGAGCAGACCCACCAAGAUUAGAUGCUCCAAGACCCACUACGCCUAAGCCACCUUCUCCAAGAGUAGAGCCACCAACAUUGGACACUCCAAGACCUCCUUCGCCAAAGCCUCCUUCCCCAAGAGCAGACCCACCAAGAUUAGAUGCUCCAAGACCCACUACGCCUAAGCCACCUUCUCCAAGAGUAGAGCCACCAACAUUGGACACUCCAAGACCUCCUUCGCCAAAGCCUCCUUCCCCAAGAGCAGACCCACCAAGAUUAGAUGCUCCAAGACCCACUACGCCUAAGCUCCCUUCUCCAAGAGCGGUUUCGCCUAGAGCUGUUCAGCGACGGGAGAUUGUUCAUAGACCAGAGCCAACACUUUCGGUUCAACAUGCUUCUGCAACAAAGAUUCAAGGAGCUUUCAGAGGUUUCAUGGCAAGGAAGAGUUUCAGAGCUCUCAAAGGUCUAGUCAGGCUUCAAGGGGUGGUGAGAGGAUACAGCGUGAAGCGUCAGACGAUAAAUGCAAUGAAGUACAUGCAACAAGUGGUCCGUGUUCAAUCACAGAUCCAGUCACGUCGCAUCAAAAUGUUGGAAAACCAAGCUCAGGUUGAGAAAGAUGAAGCCAAAUGGGCUGCAUCUGAAGCUGGUAAUGAUAAUUGGGAUGACAGUGUGCUGACAAAAGAGGAAAGGGAUGCAAGAUCACUGAGAAAAACUGAGGCUAUCAUCAAGAGAGAAAGAUCCAUGGCCUAUGCAUAUUCUCGCAAGUUGUGGAAAAACAGUCCCAAGUAUACUCAGGAGAAUCGUUCUUCAGGUGGGUUCCCUCAAUGGUGGAACUGGGCGGACCGGCAGCAUCCUCUUGCUAGUCCUGCACCGAGCUAUAGCCAACCAUUAAGAGAUUUCAGGCUAACACCAUCAAGACUCUGUCCAAGUCCUCUGUCUCAGUCAAGCAAAAAACACCAUACAAGGCUUGACAACCACUUUGACAGUUCAACACCCAGAUCGUCGAGGUCUACACUGCUCACUCCAUCCAGACACAUCCACAGUGGUACAUCAAGAUACUCGAGAGGAAGACUAAUAAGAGGUCAAGAUUCUCCAUUCAAGGAUGAUGACAGCCUCACAAGCUGCCCUCCAUUCCCGAGUUACAUGGCUCCAACAGUCUCUGCGAAGGCAAAAGUCAGACCAAACAGCAAUCCAAAGGAGAGAGUGAUGGGUACACCUGUCAGCGAGAAGAGGAGAAUGUCAUUUCCCCCUACACAACAGCAAGGUCUCGAUACGUUUAGAUGGAACAAAGGGUCAUUGGUCAUGAGCAACAGCAGCAGCCAAAGGGGUCCUGGUUCACCUGGAGGUGUGGUUCUUGAGAAACACAAGACACUUAAAUCAGUAGGAAAUUUGAGCAUUGGUUCCUCUGCCUCGACAGUUGGGAGAAAAGAAUUUAACAGAUUUGUGUGAUCUCUUUUGAUUUGAACAUUUUGUUUCCUUAUUUUGUGGCUUUUGCUUCACUUAUGGUUGGUGGUGUUGAUUUUGAGUGUUGUAACAUAAUAAAAAGGUAAAACAUAAACAACAACAGAGGAUUUGGUUUGAAGUAGAAGUUUUUAGAGUCA